AUGGAUGUUCUGCAGACUAUUCGUUAUAUCAUUCAAGUCUGGGAUGAGGUUAAUGCUGAGAUAAUUUGUAACUGCUGGUGCCACACAAAAAUCCUACCUGAUGCAAAUGUAGAUUUAAGAAAUAUUUCAGAAGAUAUUCGCCAAUGUGAAGAUUUAGUACUUAAUGAUCUUGCAGAUGCUCUUCAAGGCCUUAAUCUCCCCUAUCCAAUGCAGGCAGAAAAGUUUCUUAACAUAUCUGAAGAAAAUGUUAUUUACAAAGUUCCCAAAGAUGAUCAAAUUAUUGAAGAACUCGUAUAUCUUUUUAAAAAUGCUAACAAGGAGGAUAUAGAAUUAGAAGAAAUGGAUGAUAGCAAUAAAAGUUCUAUUAUUAGCGUUAAUAUUGCAAUUAAUAGUUUAGAAACUGUAUGUAUAUUUCUGCUUCAGCAAGACAAUGCGGAAGAGUAUAUAAAGUUGGUGGAAAAGAUUGAAAAAAUUUUUAAGGUCAAAAAACAAACUUAA